UCUUCCGGAGGCGGGACUUCCGGUAGCGGCGAGGCAAGCCUCGAGCUGAGGAACGGAACCGUCGUCGGUUAGGGCGGAUCGGUCCCACCCCUUCCUCUCCGAGGCUUAUAGCCGGUUGGGCCUUCUGUCCGUCUCCGCCCCUACGGGCUGGGCGGUGUUUUUGACUCAGCGGGCUGGGUGAGCUGUUCGGGGUGGGAAAUCGUGGUUUGUGCUUGAGUUCUCACUGGCUGAUAUAAUUGAUUAGAAGACGGGCACCAUUCUUGGUGCUGAAAUUCUAAAGUUUUGGAAGAUCAGAGGAGGUCUCUAACGGGAUUGCAGCCAGAGAACAAAACAUCGUUCUCACUGGCUGAUAUAAUUGAUUAGAAGACUCGCACCAUUCUUGGUGUUGAAAUUCUAAAGUUUUGGAAGAUCAGAAGAGGUCUCUAAUGGGAUUGCAGCCAGAGAACAAAACAUCGUUCUCACUGGCUGAUAUAAUUGAUUAGAAGACUCGCACCAUUCUUGGUGUUGAAAUUCUAAAGUUUUGGAAGAUCAGAGGAGGUCUCUCACUGGAUUGGAACCAGAGAACAAAACAUCAUUCUCACUGGCUGAUAUAAUUGAUUAGAAGACGGGCACCAUUCUUGGUGCUGAAAUUCUAGAGUUUUUGAAGAUCAGAGGAGGUCUCUCAGGGGAUUGCAGCCAGAGAACAAAACAUCGUUCUCACUGGCUAAUUGAUUAGAAGACUCGCACCUUCUUAGUGCUGAAAUUCUAAAGUUUUGGAAGAUCAGAGGAGGUCUCUCACUGGAUUGCAACUAGAGAACAAAACAUUGAUUCCUGACCAUUGUGAAAGAUCCUUGAUAAGAGAUAUUCAGAGCUCUGUUUGAGGAGAACAACCAUUUUAUCCCUGCAUACAGGAGGCAGAGCAUUGUGAAAUCUCGUGAGAAGAAAAUGAAACUUCCAGAUUAAAUCAGUCUGAUCUGUUCCUUUGAUUCAAAGUCAUGGAGUCCUCAGAAAUUGGACCUUAUCGUAAAGAUCUCUACCAGAAAGCAGCGGUGGCAGCAGCUACAGCGGCUACAGUGGCUACACCUGCUCCAGCGGCUACAGCGGCUACAGCGGCUACAGCGGCUACAGCGGCACAGCAGUGGCAAGGAGUAGUUCCUCCAAAAGAUAAAAUAUGGUCUCAGCAACAGUAUGGCUACAAUCAACUUCGAAGAGAACGAGUGCCUCCUCGAAGCCAUCCUAGUGAUGGCCACCAUAGAGGAGGUAAUGUGCCAAAAAGACCACCUCUGAUAGGCAAGAUACCACCUUUAUUAGACAAGAUACCACCACGUCUACCAGACAAAAAACAGCCUCUGCUAGCCAGACCUGAUAAAGGAGGCUACAGUAAAUAUAAUAAUCGUGUUGAUUCCAGAGUAUAUAAUGAGAGCCGCAGUUUUUCUCGUAAUCGAAGACGCGGCCAUCCUCACACUCAUCAUCAUGAAUCUGGCUACAGAGGAGGAAAAGAUGAUUCUUCCACAAGCCGGCACCCUAACUACAAGGGCAUGAAAAAUAGCUUUAGAAGAAAAAGAUUCUAUUCUUCCCAUUAUUCAAGAGAAUGGUUUUAUGAUAAAAGGCCUGCUCCUUUCUUCAAAGAACCACCUGCUGACUGGAAGAACACCCCAGUGAAACAAUCUAGUUCUAAUAAUAUGAGCAAUAGAAGCUAUUCUCGGGAGCAAAGCCGGGCACACGACCGUCAUUCUCACAACAGACGUAAAGAGAGAUUCCAGUCGUUUCAAAGUUCAAGAGGUGCUGCGUGCUCAAGUUCAUCAGCAGUUUCCUCAUCAAAGGUGGUAGACAAAGCCAACAGGCAGACGGAGAAGAAACGUGGUGAGGCUGAAAACAAGUUGGCUAAAAAAAUGGAGAAAUCAGAAAAAAUUAACGUAGCUGAAAUUCCUAAGUUUGAGGCACAAUCCAAGGCACUUUCAAGUAUUGAGCAGAGAGAAGAACCCAAGGGUUCUUCAAACAUAGCAGAUAGUUCUGAGACAUGCAACAACAACCAGCUUAGCAGCCGCUGUCAAACCCAAAGAGAUAUCAAGAUUGCCAUGAAGACCAAAGAGAUCGAGCAGGUGUACAGGCAUGACUGUGAGACGUUUGGGAUGGUAGUCAAAAUGCUGAUUGAUAAAGAUCCCUCAUUAGAAAAAACCAUCCAGUUUUCACUAAAAGAGAAUUUACGUGAAAUAGGCGAGCGGUGCAUCGACGAGCUUAAACGUUUCAUUACUACAUUCGAUAAUUCUACUGAAGAUGCUGGAAGACCCGUUUAAGACGUACCUUGGAUUGUGUAAAUCCUUACUGUUUUGUGAUGGAGAAAUUUCCAGUGUUAAAUAAACAUCUAUAAUAGUUUUAAAGUAUCUUUUUUUAGUAAAUACAGAGUGUAAAACUCAUUUUAAUAUACUUUAUAUUUUUAGUAGAUAUUUUCUUUAUUUACAUUUCAAAUGUUAUCCCCUUUUCUCAUUUCUACUCCAAAAACCCCCUAUCAUAUCCCUCCUCCUUCUGAUCACCAACCCACCCACUCCUGCUUUCCUGUCCUGGCAUUUCCCCUUCACUUUUUUUUUUAAUCAAUUUUUUUAUUCGAUAUAAUUU